AUGACGCCACUUCCUGUCCUUCCUCCUCCAGCAGAGACGCCAAUGCCUGAUGACUUCUUAUGCGACCCACCGGUGGACUCCAAGCGCUACGCUGUAGAUCCCAGUGACUCUGCCUUCAAUGUCAUGACGUCACAGUACCCACCAAAGCAAUCCUAUGGUUACCGUGGCAGCAUUUGCUCUACUCCAAUGGGUUUGUGCAGACAAGCAUCAAGCCCAGGAAGCUUCCAGGAAGGAAACAGGAAUGCAUACAGUCCGAUGCCAGACUCUGGAGAGUGCAAGCGUCCUACUGGUAAGGACCCAUCCAGCUGGGGUGUUGAGGAGGUCAUUUGGUUCAUCAAAGAUGCUGAUCCCCAAGCCCUGGGACCCCACGCUGAUGCAUUCAGGAAGCAUGAGAUAGACGGAGACGCUCUGCUCUUGCUGAAAAGCGAGAUGAUGAUGAAGUAUCUGGGACUGAAGCUGGGCCCUGCGCUUAAACUCUGUUACCACAUCGACAGGCUUAAACAGAAUCGGUUGUGACUUGCUGAUCACCUUUCACUAAAACUGCACCACAGCUGAUUCUCUCAAACUUUCUCCACCAUCAGCAAUACAUCAUGAACGCCUUGGGAUCACUUGUUGGCUUUUACUGCAUCUGCAACCACAUUUUGUUGACAGAAAUUGGACGUGUUGACUGUACAUAUUAAGACUAUUUACAGUUGAAGCAAUUAUUUAAUUUCCAUCAUUGUUUACUGGGUAUCUAUCUUUACUGGGAAUGGCUUUAGGUUGUAAAUAGUUCAGCUCCACGCAGAUGGCAGCUACUCUAUAUCAAAACCAUUGACCUAUAUUGACGUCCACACUGCAGUCUGCACACAACUUACUGUUAUUUGUGCAGAUCUUAAUCGCGGAUGCCGUAUCAACACCUCCGAAGACCCACAGAGACAGGGAACUUAACAAUCUUGUAUGGUGCUUUACCUCUAUAUCAUAUUUAAACUUAAACAAGUAUUUGGUUACGGCACAAUACUGCUGCACUUUUAAAAUAUUCUUUUGUUAAUAAGUAUUGUUGAAAAGUGGUGAUAACAUUAACCCGGGUAUCACUCCUACACACAAACUGUAACUAAUAACUGAUCUUGGACACUUUUCAGCAAGUAUUGAAAUCUUUAUAUUUAUUUGAAAUCGUUUGACCAGUAGCUAGUGUGAGUCACUCUUGAGUAAAUCAAAAUUAAAGGAAUUAACCUUAAUAUAAGUGAGAAAAUCUUGACCCAAGGAUGAGAUAUUCACUUUUUCUAAUCAAUUCUGUUUAGUUUCAUGGUCUUAUUUCAAUAUUAAAACAACAUGAACAUGAAAAACAGCAUUAGAAACUUUGCUGUUGUGAAACGAAGUGAUUUGCUAACAUGAACAUUUUUACCACAAACCACAGCCCAGCAAAACAGUGCAACCGAUGAGGCGUUGUACCAUUCAGAGGUGCUUAUAAUCACACAGCGCACAUAAUGACAGGAAAGAAAGACGCUGGGGCUUUUCAGCGUGCUCUCGUGAAUUGUCUAUCAUGUGAUACUCACUGGUUUUAAAAUGUCAAUACUGAAUAGCAGGCCACUUUGCAACCUAGCUGAUGAGGCUUCUGUUUUACUUGGGGUUUCAUAAGUGGUGUGAGUGAAAGCAACUUGUAGCAAACUCAUACAACUUGGUGCUCACGGAAACCAUUACUGCCACUACGACCAUAACACUUAACAAUUUAAUCACUCUCCUUAUACAGUUAAUCACUAUCUCUUCCAGAUAAAGCUACAGUUUACAUUCCUCUCAUGCAAUACCUCUUCAGUAACUUUUAAUAUAAAUGCCUCUGAGUCAUGUUUUGUUCUGCCUAUUGAUUAAGCAGUAUUUAAUUUCCAAACUGUGAAAAGUGAUUAAGUAACAUGUCUUGAGCAUUAAUAAUAACAGUUUUUUGCAGCAACCAAAUACAGUUCUGACAUAUAAAAAAUGUACAAACAAUUUGUAAACACAUUAAUGAUCAAUCACAUGCAGUAUAUGACAAACUCGUACAAUGUGUGGCUAAACACAAUGCUUUUUUUUGAUCUGACUGUACAGUACUUGUUACUCACUUUAAUCUUUUGCGUUCUGUGUGUUUUGUUUAACUUUGUUAAAGUCAGUGUGCCACAGACAUAUGUGAGUACAGCAUGUAUGGCUAUGUAUGAAUUCUGUAUUUCAUGGCUGUCUUGAGCCCUAGUGAGUUAAAAUUUCACCUUUUAUUUUCCAAUUUUCAGUGUGAUAAAUUGAUUUAAAUGAUUUACAGGAAAUGUGGCAGUUUUGUUGCACAGGAGCUAUUUCCACAACGAGAAAUGUACACACAUUUUUAUCAUCAAAUUUGGCUCCCUAAUGACCUUCCUUUUCUUAUUAAUAUAAUGUUUUUAAAGCAGACUUUUUACAGACAAAAUAAAACUCCUUGUUU